AGGACCUGUGAGGAUGGUCAUGUGACAGGAAGAGCUCAGCAUUAGAAAAAGUGUCAUAAUGUCUGAGGAAAGAUUAUAUGAGGUUUGUUACAUUGUGUCAGCUUUAUAGGUGAAACCAUCAUCUCCUUCUCCUGAAUGAUCCCCCAAGGAUGGACAAGGACAGGAAUGAGAUGACUAAGAGAAUAUUACACUUCACCUUGGAGAUCCUCCACCUGCUGACCGGAGAGGAUUACACCAUAGUGAAGAAGACAUGGGGGGAGUGUGUGGCCCCCAGCAGCCAUCUCCAUGAGUUAGGAGGACAGAGCAGGGCCCGGGGCCCCAUCACAGAGCCUCCACCUCACUCACUGAUACAUGAGGAGAAGAUCCUAGAACUCAUCCACAGGAUCACUGAGCUGCUGACUGGAGAGGUUCCUACAAGGUGUCAGGAUGUGGCGGUCUUUUUCUCCAUGGAGGAGUGGGAGUAUGUAGAAGGACACAAGGAUCUGUACCAGGACAUAGUCAUGAUGGAGGAUCACCGGCCCCUCACAUCACAAGAUGGAGUCAUUGAUAGAAAUCCACCCGAGAGGUGUCCCUGCCCUCUGUAUUCCCAGGACUGUCCAGAGGGAAAUGUCCCAGAGAAGCAUCAGGGGGGAGAUCUGACUAAUAAUAAAGUGGAGGAUGAAGAAGAGAGGAUGAGAGGCCAUCACCCGUGUAUGAGGGAAGUGAAGGAGGAAAUUCCAGGAGGUGUUACCCCAGAAAAUCCCAGUAAGAAUUCUGAGGGAAACUUCAUGUUAUCCCUGAAUGAUAAAGGAGAAGAUGAAGAUAUGAUGGAGCGCUCCUCAGGAGAAGACCUCCUUACCCCUAAUGUCCAUCCAGAUCUAUCCUAUAAUAAUCCACCUGAUCAUGAGGAACCUUCUCCUGACCAACCACACAUUCUUACCACAAGGACUGAUCAGGAACAUGGGAAAGGUUUAUAUUGUGAGGAAUGUGGGAAACAAUUUACAAAAAGAUCAGAACUUGUUACACACAGAAAAAGUCACACAAGAAAGAAGCUGUAUUCAUGUUCAGAAUGUGGAAAAUGUUUUAAAACUAAAGCAGAGCAUGUUCAACAUGAGAGAAGACAUACAGGGGAGAGGCCAUAUUCAUGUUCAGAAUGUGGGAAAUGUUUUACACGUAAAUCAGAUUUUGUUGUUCAUGAGAAAAGUCACAAAGGGUUGAAUCCAUAUUCAUGUUCAGAAUGUGGAAAAUGUUUUACAGGGAAAUCAAAUCUUGUUAUACAUGAGAGAAGUCACACAGGAGAGAAGCCAUAUUCAUGUUCAGAAUGUGGGAAAUGUUUUACAAUUAAGUCAAAUCUUGUUAUACAUGAGAGAAGUCACACAGGAGAGAUGCCAUAUUCCUGUUCAGAAUGUGAGAAAUGUUUUAAAACUAAAGCACAGUGUGUUAAACAUGAGAGAAUACACACAGGAGAGAAGCCAUAUUCAUGUUCAGAAUGUGGGAAAUGUUUUACACAGAAAUCGGAUCUUAUUAUACAUGAGAGAAGUCACACAGGAGAGAAACCAUAUUCAUGUUCAGAAUGUGGGAAAUGUUUUGUAAAUAAAUCAAAUCUUAUAAUACAUGAGAGAAUUCACACAGGAGAGAAGCCGUAUUCAUGUUCAGAAUGUGGGAAAUGUUUCAUAAGUAAAACGAAUCUUAUAAUUCAUGAGAGAAUUCACACAGGAGAGAAGCCAUUUUCAUGUUCAGAAUGUGGGAAAUCUUUUGGAGAAAAAUCACAUCUUGUUCAACAUAUGAGAAUUCACACAAGAGACAUAGAAAACAUAAAAAUAUAAUACAUGGAACGGAAAUAUGAGAACUCGGGUAUUGUAAUAAAAUUUGAUGCUUAUAUAUAUAUAUAUGAGCUGAGGUCGCUCCAUAGCUGCUGAGCGUCGGGUCCUGUUAGUGGCUGGCACUCACCGUUAAUGAUGGACAUAAUUUAGGCCAUUUAAUCCUUGAAAUUCUGUGAUCAAUACUGUUCAUGGCAUUUAAAUGAAAAAAUUAUUACUACUGGUGGUUUGGGGACUUUUUUUGAGGGGCAGCAGUGUCCCCUAUUAUGGGGGACACUGCUGCCUAUUAUGGGGGACACUGCUGCCUAUUAUGGGGGACACUGCUACCUAUUAUGGGGGACACUGCUGCCAUAAUAUGGGCCAUAUUAGGCCAGCAGUAUCCGCCAUAGCAGGCAGCAGCAGUGCACCAAUCAUGCCCCGCCCGCCCUGUUUGCAAGGCUGUCCAGGCAUGCUGGGAGUUGUAGUUUUGCAACAGCUGGAGGCACCAUGAUGGGGAAACACUGACUUCGGCCAUGUUCACAUGUCAUAAUUUCCGUGAUGGAUUCCUCCACUUGUUUACGCACAGAAAUUCUGAUUUCCGUGUCCGCGUUCAUUCGUUGUGCGGAGUCCGCACAGAAUGCGUAGCAGUCUAUGAGCAGCACAUUCCUGUGCGGUCCUAGCGCCGGCGUCCGCACUCUCCGGGAUGUCCGCACAAAGAUUCUCCAUGUAGACAUUCCAGCGUGUGAACAUAGCCUUACCCUAACAAGCCUUACAGGGCCAGAACUGAUUUUCAUCCUCCAGAAGUGAACAAUGAAGGUUCCCAUUCAUUGACAGCAUGCAGUGAUCUUGAAAAUGAUUUAAAGAAAAAAGUGAUACAGAAGAUACAUUAGAAAAUUGUGUAAUUUUGCAGUGAUACAUUUUAAUUGUAUCCCUUUAAGAUUUCUUACCCUAUUACAACCUAUUCAUAGCGGAACCUCAUGUACUGUAGCAGCCUCUCAACAAACUCAUCUCUGCUAUAUGACCAAACUGCGCGCGCUGUGUUAAGACGCUCUAGCGUGGAAAUAAAAAACAAUAUUGUUAUAUUAAAGAGGUUAUCCACAAAAUUAUUAUUAUUUUUUUUUUAUAUAUCAACUGGCUCCAGAA